AUGGCCGAGCAACUUAUUCUUAAGGGCACUCUCGAGGGUCACAAUGGCUGGGUUACCAGUUUGGCUACCUCCAUAGAGAACCCCAACAUGCUGUUGUCCGGCAGCCGUGACAAGACCCUGAUCAUCUGGAACCUCACUCGCGACGAGUCGCAAUACGGAUACCCUAAGCGAUCUCUCCACGGCCACUCUCACAUCGUCUCCGACUGCGUUAUCUCUUCCGACGGCGCCUAUGCUCUGUCCGCUUCUUGGGACAAGACCCUCCGACUGUGGGAACUCGCUACUGGCACUACCACGAGACGAUUCGUCGGUCACACCAACGAUGUUCUUUCCGUCUCUUUCUCCGCAGACAACCGACAGAUCGUUUCGGGCUCUCGUGACCGAACCAUCAAGCUCUGGAACACCCUUGGUGACUGCAAGUUCACCAUCACCGACAAGGGCCACACCGAAUGGGUAUCCUGCGUCCGCUUCAGCCCUAACCCCCAGAACCCCGUUAUCGUCUCCAGCAGCUGGGACAAGCUUGUCAAGGUUUGGGAACUCUCCACCUGCAAGCUCCAGACCGACCACAUUGGCCACACCGGCUAUAUCAACACCGUCACCAUCUCCCCCGACGGAUCUCUCUGCGCCUCCGGUGGUAAGGAUGGCACCACCAUGCUGUGGGACUUGAACGAGUCGAAGCACCUGUACUCUCUGAACGCCGGUGACGAGAUCCACGCCCUCGUCUUCUCUCCCAACCGAUACUGGCUCUGCGCUGCCACUGCCAGCAGCAUCAUCAUCUUCGACCUAGAGAAGAAGAGCAAGGUUGACGAGCUGAAGCCCGAGUUCACCUCGGUCGGCAAGAAGAGCCGGGAGCCCGAGUGUGUGAGCUUGGCCUGGAGCGCGGACGGCCAGACUCUGUUCGCCGGUUACACCGACAACGUUAUCCGAGCAUGGGGUGUCAUGUCGCGAGCAUAA